AUGUCGGGAGCCGUCAACUACCUCAAUACCCUAACUCUCGACGUUGGCGGACGCAAAUUCAAGGUCUCUACCGACGUUCUCACCUCCGAGUCUGGUCUCUUCCGCCACCAGCUGGACGGUCGCUUUGCUUGGACGCCCGAGCCCGAUGGAUCUUACUUUCUAGACGCAGACCCAGAGUUAUUCGAGUACCUCCUCGCAUUCAUGCGACGACCUGAAGUGUUCCCGCUGUUCUACACGAAGACCGAUGGUUUCAACUACAACCUCUAUAACCGACUUGCAGUUGAGGCCAAGUACUUUCAGAUCGACGCACUACACGACUGGAUCAAAGACAAGAGGUACCUCAGUGCAAUCUCUGUCCACACACACAGUAGCGUCACCCACGACCUAGCUACUAUUGGCAUUACAGGCUUUAUGAGCGCCAUCGAUGAAGAGCGUCAUGUGGUGAGUUGCGUUAAAAAGGUCUACUUGUGUCCACGCCAGAUCGUAGUUCACCGAGGACGUCCGGAGCAGUGUGGCCACGCUUGUCGCAAAAAACAAGCUGAGAAUCCGGUCAUGUAUGACGAGGAGCCGUGUGUGCACCUUGUGCGUGUGAAGAAGGACAUCAUCUUCGAUGAGAAGGUAUGUCAAUUGACUUAA